CACAAUGGUAUGGAUUAAUGAAUUGUUGUGUUUGUUUGAAUCAACUUAGUCUUUUAGCAAUUUUCAUAGGAUGAAAAGGACCUUGCUUUCAAGUUUUCACUUUUCAUCCAACAUAAUGUAUGAGAUUUAUCUAAAUUAGGCGGUCAUAUGUUGAGGUCUACACUCUACAUAUACAAAUAUACAUUAUAGGAACAAUAUCAAGCUUUGUAUUUUAUGAGUCUAAAAGGAUGAACGUUUAACUCUUGAGUGGUUAUUCAAAGUAUUAAGUAUGUGUAUAUAUUAGAUAUAUAACUAAUUAUUUAUCUGGUUAAUUUGGUUUGGCUGGUUAGGAGUGUCAGAAACCAAACCAAACCACCUAAACCAAACAAGCUAAAAACUUUAACCAAACUAAACCAAACCAAAUUAUCCAAAUAGUACUGGUUAAUACAGUUACCAUGGUAACCACACCGUUUGAACACCCCUAGUCAGACGGCUGAAAACACUGGAAUUGCCUCUAUAUACGAACUUCAUCCAAAACACAUGUGAAUCCAAAUUGAGUUGUCAAAAUUAUUUUGACUUCUCCACAAAGUUUCCAUCUUUAUCUCAUGCAUCAAAUGGCUCAUGUUUGUGCAUAAGCAUGAUGAGCCAAUGGACACAAUUAAACGAGCAAGUACAAAGAAAAGAAAAAGAAAAUGAGAUUUGAAGUAGUGAUGUUUGAUGAAUGGUCUAAUGCUUCAUUAUCAAGCUGCGGGUAGGUUGUCUUCGUGUUGUACCAAUACUUCUUCUUCUACAUUUACAGAUAGACAGGAAUAGGCAUCCAUGGAGUCCUCUUCUUCUACGUACUCAUCAUCAGGAUUCUUCUCUAUCUCUCUUUUUGCCACUUUUUUUUUUUUUUUUUUGGUUUGCCUCUCUUUAGGUCUCCUUGUGUGUUCUAUCAAAUGAAUGUGAUUCUUGCAACGUCUGUAGGGCAAUAAAGAAAAGGGAAAGGAGAAGAAGAAGAUGUCGGGCUGGCUGGCUGGCUAUAUUCACAAGGAGAACCAACUGUCUUUCUCUUGUAGAGAAUGUGAAAGGAAAGCUCUGCUUGCCGAUAGCGAGUGACGGACUCAAGAAUCUGAAUUGAGGUGGUUGAUUUGAUCCGUGAAUUUGAAGAGGGGAGAUAAGGUCGGUCUAACUGCCGAUUACUCUGUUUUUAAAUUUGUUACGAAAUUUUAUAUGUAAUUUUACCUAUGUUUCAUAUUUGAGGGGAGCUAUAGCCCUCUUAGCUUCAACCUACCUCCUCCUUUGCUUGCAACCGUGAAUGCAUAUGUAUUAUAUACAUAUACAUUACGUACAACCAGAGGUGGUCGAUCGGUUAAUCGAUCCAAAUAACAUUAUAAACUGGAACCCGGUAAAGUCAAUUGUCCCAAGCCGGAACCCUUGCGUUGUAAGAUUACCAAUUUUUUUGUCAACAGAUAAGCUCUUAACAAUUUCGAUCAUAAUAACCAAAAAUAAAAAAAAAUGAACAGAUGCUACCUAUAAAUGUUACAUUAGCUCUAUCUAUGGCUUUUUUUUCUUCUUCUUCAAAAAGCGAUUCCCUUUGGUAAACCAAUUAUGUGACUCCACGUAAUGUUAUUCGACAUUUCUUAUUGGGUUGCACCAGGGUAGGUGGCUAUGGCCAUGAUCACAGGAACUAGAUCACGUUUAAGAAUUAAGAUAGAAAAAAAAAAGUGUUCGUGAUAAUGUUAUACGACUUGUUAUAAUUUGAAAUUUAAUUAUUUGUUAAUUCUCUAAAAAUUACGAGAGUCUUGCUGUCAUACUGUAUAGACUUGUUUAUACGGGGUGAACAAAUACACCCGUUCAACCCGACCCAAUCCACCUGUAUGUAUCGCUAAAACGAAGGUUUUUGGUUGGGUGAGGGUUUUGUUUUGUACAACCCGUCUCUUUUGGGUUGGGUUUGGAUUUUGGAUUACACAACUGGUAGAACCCGACCCAACCCGUAUUCCAACUAUUGGUAGGAGUUCGUAUCCAAAAAAAUAUUUAUGUAGUACAUAGCCAUACUUACGAGAAAAUUAAGAUAUUUCGCCAUAUUUUUCUCUCACGCGGUGUCCCUAAUCUAAUGCAAAUAUUCUUCGGCUUAAAGUUUAGACAUAAAUUUAAUAUAGCUAUGAUUCACGUAAUCAUUUUUCUUGUGUACAAUUUUAAUGGAAUAACAUAUUAUGUGUGCAUUCGUUUAUAACUUUAUUAGCCUAUUUCAACAAAUGUCGUGGAAAAACUAGACAUAUUGUUGAAGUAAAUCACAUUUUAAAUAUUUAAAUUUUUAAAAAUACUAGACAUAUGGUGAAGUAAAUCACGGUUUGAUAACUUUCACAUCGGUUUAAUUCGUUUGAAAUUUUUAUAGUGUAGAAUAAUUAGAUUUAUGCUGGGUUGGGUUUCUACUUAAAAAUACUGCCAACCCGACCCAACCCAACUAGAAACAAACCGUAUGAUUUAAAUUUUUUGGGUGGGUUUGGAUUUAACAUUUCUCAAACCAUAGUGCAUGGGUCGGGUGAUUAAAAUCGUUAAACCCGGACCACCCGACCCAUGUACACCCCUACUUGUUUAUAUAGGUAGAACUUAAUGUUGACUUGGCUACAGUGAGAUCUCUUUCUCCAUAUUGUACUAAUAUUCUUGACUUUUUUUACCUACUUUCUUACAUUGAAUUAUUGACCUGUAACUUUUCUCUUUGUAUGAUUUGGAUUUCAACGGUUUGACUAAUGGCUAUGAUGAAUCAAAAUUGAGAUUAAUUAAGUUACUUCAUCUGGAGCUCGACAUCGUGAAGGUUAAUUUCACCGGAUACCAUAUAAGUAUUGAUUUCGUUUCAUACUAACCACUUAAUUACUUUUUUAAGAAAUAAAUCUUCAAAUUCCUAAAUAGCGAAAUGAAAUUAUAGAAUAUAUGCUCUGUUUUCUCGGAAUCAAUCCCAUUUUGCACUUCCCCAAAGUUGUGAUUCUCUUCCCUUUCAAAUUCCACAGUCCAAAUUGGAAACUGAAAACAGAAAAAGAAAAUUCAUAUCCCGCUGAAGUUUCAUAAACUAUACCCUCCAUAAUCCGUAAUCACUCACAUUAACCUAACUUAACUCGAAUCUUCGUGGAAGUGGAGAACUGGACGAUAGGGUUUGGUUUCGGGUUCGGGUUAGCGAACCAAAUGUGAAACGGAGCGGGGACACGUGUAGUCACCGGAAGCGAUGACAUCACAUCACCUCACCACCACCGUAUCCCCCCGGCGGAACGGCAACGCUAACUCUCUGCUCCCUUCACUCGCUGGCGCGUGGCGCGGACUAAAAAAAAAAUGUCAAAAUAUAUUAAUAAAAAAAUUAAAAUAUCGUAACAGCACAACAACAACAAUACUGCUCUGGGCCGAGAAAAGCGCGGAAGGAAGGGAAGCCGAUUUUCACGGGGUGGGACCUACCCACACUUUCGGUAUAAAUUCGCACCCCCGCUAACAAACUCAAAAUUCGCCCCCCUCUGCAAUUCCCCUCUACCCACCGCCGCUCUCCUCGCAGUUCUCUUUCUUUUUUUCUGAGUUUCUUCUUCUGCUCCGUUCUUCGGAUCUAUUAUUAUGAUCUUACAGUAAUCGCGCCGCUCUCUGACUAUCUCUCGCUAGCUAGGGUUUUCCCGGUGCUCGGACGAGCUCCGGCCGCGUAGAAAUGGCGGCUAACAAAGGCAUCAGUCUCGAAGAGAUUAAGAACGAGGCCGUUGAUCUGGAAAGGAUUCCUAUCGAGGAAGUGUUUGAGCAGCUGAAAUGUUCACGGGAAGGUCUCUCCGGCGACGAAGGGGCCAACCGGCUUCAAGUUUUCGGACCCAACAAGUUGGAGGAGAAAAAGGAGAGCAAAUUUCUCAAGUUUCUGGGUUUUAUGUGGAACCCGCUGUCAUGGGUCAUGGAAGCUGCAGCUAUUAUGGCCUUAGCCUUGGCCAAUGGUGGAGGAAGGCCACCAGACUGGCAGGAUUUCGUCGGUAUUGUUACCCUGCUGUUCAUCAACUCCACCAUCAGUUUCGUCGAGGAAAAUAAUGCUGGAAAUGCAGCUGCUGCACUUAUGGCUGGCCUUGCCCCCAAGACCAAGGUUCUUAGAGAUGGGCGCUGGACGGAGCAAGAAGCUGCAAUCUUGGUUCCAGGAGACAUUAUCAGCAUCAAGUUGGGAGAUAUUGUCCCUGCUGAUGCACGUCUUCUGGAGGGUGAUCCUCUGAAGAUCGAUCAAUCUGCACUUACUGGGGAGUCACUUCCCGUCACUAAGAACCCAUACGAUGAAGUCUUCUCUGGGUCGACCUGCAAGCAAGGUGAAAUCGAAGCUGUUGUCAUUGCCACCGGUGUGCACACCUUCUUUGGUAAAGCUGCUCAUCUCGUGGACAGCACCAAUCAAGUUGGUCAUUUUCAGGCCGUCCUUACUGCUAUUGGUAACUUCUGUAUUUGCUCGAUUGCUGCCGGGAUACUUGUUGAGAUUGUAGUGAUGUACCCCAUACAGCACCGCAAGUACAGAGAUGGGAUCGACAACUUGCUUGUUCUCUUGAUUGGCGGAAUACCUAUUGCUAUGCCAACCGUUUUGUCUGUCACCAUGGCUAUUGGUUCUCACAGGCUGUCCCAGCAGGGGGCUAUUACCAAAAGAAUGACUGCUAUUGAGGAAAUGGCCGGCAUGGAUGUUCUGUGUAGUGACAAGACAGGGACUCUUACGUUGAACAAGCUCACUGUUGAUAAGAACUUGAUUGAGGUGUUUGUUAAGGGUAUGGACAAAGAGCAUGUUAUGCUACUUGCUGCCAGAGCUUCGAGGACUGAAAAUCAGGAUGCUAUUGAUGCCGCUAUAGUAGGAAUGCUUGCAGACCCUAAGGAGGCACGAUUUGGCAUUAGGGAGGUUCAUUUUCUUCCAUUCAAUCCUGUCGACAAGAGGACUGCUUUGACCUAUAUUGAUUCGGACAAUAACUGGCACCGGGCAAGUAAAGGUGCUCCUGAACAGAUAUUGAACUUGUGCAAUUGCAAGGAGGAUGUUAGAAGGAAGGUUCAUGCAGUGAUUGAUAAGUUUGCUGAACGUGGGCUUCGAUCUUUAGGAGUUGCACGACAGGAAGUACCAGAGAAGAACAAAGACAGUGCAGGCGGUCCAUGGCAGCUUGUUGGUUUGUUGCCUCUAUUUGAUCCGCCAAGGCAUGACAGUGCUGAAACCAUCAGAAGAGCUCUUCACCUUGGAGUCAAUGUCAAGAUGAUUACUGGUGAUCAGCUUGCAAUUGCUAAGGAAACUGGAAGGAGGCUUGGGAUGGGAACCAACAUGUAUCCUUCAUCUUCAUUGCUUGGUCAAAGCAAGGAUGCUUCCAUUGCAUCCCUCCCUGUGGAUGAGUUGAUUGAAAAAGCUGAUGGAUUUGCCGGAGUUUUCCCAGAGCACAAGUAUGAGAUUGUGAAGAGGCUACAAGAGAAGAAACACAUUUGUGGAAUGACGGGAGAUGGUGUGAACGAUGCUCCUGCACUGAAGAAGGCUGAUAUUGGGAUUGCUGUUGCUGAUGCAACUGAUGCAGCUAGAGGUGCUUCUGACAUCGUCCUCACUGAGCCGGGGCUCAGUGUGAUCAUAAGUGCUGUGCUCACCAGCAGGGCUAUAUUCCAGAGAAUGAAAAAUUACACGAUAUAUGCGGUCUCCAUCACCAUCCGUAUUGUUCUUGGGUUCAUGUUGAUUGCGUUGAUAUGGAAGUUUGAUUUCUCCCCAUUCAUGGUUUUGAUCAUCGCCGUACUCAAUGACGGAACGAUCAUGACGAUAUCAAAGGAUCGAGUGAAGCCAUCUCCGCAGCCGGACAGCUGGAAGCUGAAAGAGAUCUUCAGUACUGGAGUCGUUCUGGGAACUUACAUGGCAAUAAUGACAGUUCUUUUCUUCUGGGCCAUGCGAGAGACAAAUUUCUUCUCGGACAAGUUCCAUGUAAGGCCGUUGCAUGAUAGACCAGAACAGAUGAUGUCAGCGCUGUACUUGCAAGUGAGCAUAGUGAGCCAAGCACUGAUAUUCGUGACGAGAUCACGCAGCUGGUCCUUUGUCGAAAUCCCCGGGAAGCUCCUCCUCGUUGCUUUCAUGGUUGCUCAACUGAUCGCGACAUUAAUUGCAGUGUAUGCUAACUGGUCCUUUGCGAGAAUAAGGGGUUGCGGCUGGGGUUGGGCUGGCGUCAUCUGGCUCUACAGCAUCGUCACUUACAUCCCACUCGACAUCCUCAAGUUCGCCAUUCGCUAUGUUCUCAGCGGCAAGGCCUGGGACAAUCUCUUGGAGAACAAGACUGCGUUUACUACAAAGACGAAUUAUGGGAAAGAGGAGAGGGAAGCACAGUGGGCUACCGCGCAGAGAACACUCCACGGGCUUCAGCCUCCUGAGACCACCAACUUCUUUGCUGACAAGAACAGCUACAGGGAGCUUUCUGAGAUUGCUGAGCAAGCUAAGCGACGUGCUGAGGUUGCUAGGCUGAGGGAACUGAAUACACUGAAGGGGCACGUCGAGUCGGUGGUGAAGCUUAAAGGGCUUGACAUCGACACCAUUCAACAGCAUUACACUGUCUAGAGAGCAAAUUGACACUUUAUGAUGACGAAACACCAACACCGGCAUGUGCAUAGCCGACGCCACCUAGAGUAUAUAUAGAUUUCUGGCAAUGUUUGCCUGCCAUCGUAGUAGCAUAAAACGUGAAAAUUAAGCAGCAGGAGCUGAGUGUUCUUACCCCAGAUAAAACCCAGAAUCUGAUCUUGUUUUGAUGUCGUUUCAUGUUUCUGUGAUUCCCGUAUUAGUGAGGUAGAUCGUCCUCCCACCUACUUGUCUUCUUUAACCCUUUGAUGUUGGCAUAUAUAGCAGUUGUUCCCUACUGUUGUUCUGUGGUUUGAUUUGAUGCUGUUCAGACGGAUUAAUUCAGUUAUGUAAACCUUCGUUGG